AUGAAUUCGAUGCACUCUCGGGAUGGAAUCUUCAGGCGAGAUAAUGGCAGCAUCGUUAUGUCCUCCAGUGGCGAGCGAGCCUUGGUUGUAAGCGUUGUGUUCACGGUAUUGGCAACAUGCUUCGUGGCAAUGAGGAUGUAUACUCGUGUAAGACUUAUUGGGCGAGUGGAGUCGAAUGACUGGAUGGUCAUCAUCGCACUGGUAAAUUCAUAUGUUUUCAUGGGUCUCGACAUUGUCGAAUGCAUAAGUGGCAUUGGGACACAUAUUAAAGAUAUACCACCGGCCAUCCUGGAGCGCCAGAUGAAGGCCUUCUGGCUCACUAUUCCUUUCUACAAUGCUGCCGUCCUCUGCGCCAAAGCCUCGAUUCUGAUGCAGUACUGGCGAGUCUUCCCAACUCAUCGCAUGCGCGUUAUCUGUUGGAUCAUGAUCACUAUUCUUGCUGUAUACGGCACAUGGGCCGUGAUCAGUGCGUUUCUUAACUGUAUUCCCGUCGCCAAAUUCUGGGACCCUUCAAUCGGAGGUUUCUGUUUAGACAAGACAAAAUUGUGGUUCUCCAAUGCUAGCAUGCACAUCUCAACCGAUAUCGCAAUCCUGGUCAUUCCUAUCCCGGCUUUGAUGGCAGUCGACUUGCCCCGAAAACAGAAGAUCGCCUUGAUGAUCAUGUUCGGUCUGGGUGGCUUUGUCUGUAUCACCAGUAUUGUCCGUCUAGUCAGUUUGAAAAAGAUCGCCGAUUCAUCCGAUCCCACCUUCGACAAUGUCGGUGCCGCCUCCUGGUCCGCCAUCGAAUGCAAUACAGGCAUAGUAUGUGCCUGUCUACCAACCCUGAAACCUCUUGUCGCCCGCAUCUUCCCAGGAGUGGUGACUACCUUCAGCGCUAGCAGUCCCACCCACGGCAACACAACCCACCGCAACUCCGACUGGAACGGUGAUGCAUCAACCCUCGGCGCACCCGGCGAAGAACACGAGUAUGGGGCUGGUGACCCAGAGCGUGUUCUCGCCCUCGUUCCUAGUACCGGGCUCAGAUCUAGCCUGAAGCGCUGGACGAGAGAAGAAGAGAAGAAGUUGACUCGGAUUGCGACGAUUUCUGCGCCUCGUCCUAAUAUGAUGAUGCAUCCUCAUACUUUCCCGACGGCUUCGGGGGUGCCGUUUUAA